UGCUUGUCAGUGCCUGUGGAAGGGGAAACCUCACGACUUGACAGAGAGGAAGUGCAGCAGAGAAUAGCCAUCCUCCUCCCCGUGGUUUGUACUCAGGACUGCAGCUUGUGUACCAUGGGUGACUAGGAUUUUAGCACAUCGCCCUUGGUUUCUUGUUUUUAGGAGAAUUCUUAUUGGUGCAGCGCAAAUACUCUGGGUCGGACUCGGAGAGUAAAAGACCACCGUGGGCAUGGAGACUACAAACGAUCGGGCACAGUUGCCAAGGAAUAUGAUAGAAAACAGUAUGUUUGAAGAAGAACCCGACGUAGUUGAUUUAGCAAAGGAACCAUCCUUAAACCCUUUAGAAUCUGAAGAUGUAGAAUAUGAGCCAAGAAGCUCACGACUGCUGGUGCGUGGACUGGGAGAGCAUGAGAUGGAUGACGAUGAAGAAGAUUAUGAAUCUUCUGCAAAACUUUUAGGGAUGUCUUUUAUGAACAGGAACUCAGGUCCCCGUAAUAAUGGCACAAACUACAGACAGGUUCAAGAAGGUUUAUGUCCAGUGCCUUCUGUCAGGACAGUCAUUGUUUGUGCUGUAGUUGUUGUGAUUGCAGUCUCUUUAAGUAUUGUAAUUUACCUGCUUCCAAAAUGUACCUUUACCAAAGAAGGCUGCCAUAUAAAAAAACAUGAAAUGGAACUUGUAUAUCCUAUAGCAACUAAUGGACGUGUUUUCCCAUGGGCAAAAAGUAGACUUCCUAGAACAAUUCUACCUAUACAUUAUGAACUUACAUUGUACCCAAAUCUGACUACCAGUCUCUUUAAUGGUCUUGUCAAGAUAAAACUUAAUGUCACAGAGGACUCCAAGAACAUCAUUCUUCACAGCUCCAAUCUCAAAAUCUCAAAUGCAAAUGUUACUAUAGGAGGUGGAAAAAUAAUACAAGCUGAAAUUCUAGAAUAUCCAACGUUUGAAGAGAUUGCUUUUCUUAUGCCUGAAACUUUAACAAAGGGGAUAGAAUAUGUCCUUACGAUUGAGUACUCUGCCAACUUGUCAGAGUCCUAUCAAGGGUUUUACAAAAUUUCCUCUAAAGAAAGCUCUUCCAGGUGUCUUGCAGCUACGCAGUUUGAGCCGCUUUCAGCAAGAAAAGCAUUUCCGUGUUUUGAUGAACCAGCUUUUAAAUCUGUAUUUCAAAUCAAUAUCAAAAGGGAUGAAGAUCACAUUUCUCUAUCAAAUAUGCCAAGAACAAACACAAGCAAAACGUCAGAUGGUCUUUUCCUGGAUGAGUUUGCUACGAGUGUAAAAAUGAGUACCUAUUUAGUUGCUUUUAUUGUUGCUGAUAUGAAGAGCAUUUCUAAACAGACGGAAGAUAUUUUGGUUUCUGUCUACGCCACACCUCAGAAAAUGAAUCAGAUUCAGUAUGCUUUGGAUACUGCUGUGAAACUUCUGGAUUUCUAUUCAACAUUUCUGGAUAAAUAUCCACUACAAAAAUUAGAUUUGGUUGCAAUUCCGGACUUUCAAGCAGGUGCAAUGGAAAAUUGGGGUCUUAUAACCUUCCGGGAGGUUGCUCUUCUUUAUAAUGAGAAUUCCUCUUCGAUCUUGGAUAAGCAAUCAAUAACAGCAGUUAUUGCUCAUGAAUUGGCCCAUCAGUGGUUUGGGAACCUUGUGACUAUGGAGUGGUGGAAUGAUCUUUGGCUUAAUGAAGGGUUGGCCUCAUACAUGGAAUAUUUUUCUUUAGGUUCUGAAUUUACAGAACUGAAUGCUGACGAUGGUUUCUUGAGCAUGCGAUUUAAAGCUAUGAAGAAGGAUUCAUUCAGCACAUCUCAUCCUAUAUCCACAGACGUGCAGUCUCGGGAGCAAAUUGAGGAAAUGUUUGAUGAAGUUUCCUAUAUUAAGGGUGCAUCUCUCCUCUUAAUGCUAAAAACGUACCUAUCAGAGGAAGAUUUCAAGCGUGGUCUCAAUGGGUACUUAAUGGCUCAUAAGUAUGGUUCUACAAAGAGUGAGGAUUUAUGGGACAGUAUGAAUUUAAUAACCAAAGGAAACCCAGAUGUGAAAAAUAUGAUGAAGACAUGGACUCAGCAUGCAGGUUUUCCACUAGUGACUGUCCUGAAAAAGGGAAAAGAAGUUUUUCUGAGUCAGGAGCGAUUUCUGCUUAAAAUUGAUUUGAAUAAUACAGCAACAAAUUCCAGCGCCGUGUGGCACGUUCCAUUGACCUAUCUCACCAUUCCUUGUUAUGAGUCUAAAUGCGAAAAUGAAUAUUUACUAAAACAAGAGAAGGAUAAAAUUAAUCUGACAAAAGAUGAUGUGACGGUGAAGUUCAAUGUAAAAAUGAGUGGAUUCUAUAUAGUUGAUUAUGGUGUUGACGGCUGGAAUUCUAUAAUUUUACAGCUACAUAAGAAUCACACGGUUCUACAUUCCAGCGAUCGAGCCAAUCUGAUCCAUGACAUAUUCACCUUGGCAGGAGUUGGUAAAGUUCCCCUGGAAAAGGCAUUUGAUCUGAUUGAAUACCUUGUGAAUGAAACUAGUGUGGCUCCAAUCAAAGAAGCAUUGCACCAGCUACAGCUUAUUCACAGUGUCCUAGAUAAACGUGGUCUACAGAUAUUGGCAGGAAAAAUUGUGCAUCGUACUUAUUUGCUCCUGGAAUCUCUAAUAACAAGUCAGUCAUGGACAGAUGAAGGUUCACCUUCUGAUCAAGAGCUACGAUCCAUUCUUUUAAAUUUUGCUUGCUCUCAAAAUGUUGGCAACUGUACAGCUAAAGCCAGAGAGCUGUACGAUACCUGGAAAUCUAAUAACUCAAGACUUCCUACAGAUGUUAUGAGCAUUGUAUUUAAGGUUGGUGCCCAGGAUGAGGAAAAUUGGAAUUCUCUUUUUACCAUGUAUGGAUCUUCUUUGUUUGAAGCAGAAAAAAGCAAAUUACUUGAAGCACUUGCAAGCACCAACGAUGGCAGAAAGUUAAUCUGGCUAAUGAAUGAAAGCCUUAAGGGAGGACUUAUAAAAUCUCAGGAACUGGCUACUGUUAUACACUUUAUCAGUAAAAACAUACCAGGACAUUUGCUGGCAUGGGACUUUGUGAAGCAGAACUGGGAACUUAUUAUUCAGAAGUUUCCACCUGGAUCAUAUCCUAUACAGAGUAUUGUCAGCAGGACUACUUCACAGUUCUCCACACAAGUUUCCUUAAACGAAGUUAGAAGUUUCUUUCAGUCAACAAAGGGGAAGAGCAAUGAAAUGCGUUGUGUCAAGGAAGCCAUUGAGACAAUUGAGCUGAACAUCCAGUGGGUUAAGAAUAACCUAGACAGCCUACAGCAAUGGUUGUAACAUGGUCAAAAAAACAUAUCUUGGUGACUGCUGAAAUACCUGUAAACUGAUGCUCUGUUGCUUUGCAAAAAAACAAAGGUAGAAACAAGGCAUCGCUGCAACACUGUUUGCACUAUUAGAGGGUUCUUGAUAGCUCAGGGCAAAAAUUCCUUUUGAUUUUUGUUAAUUUGAUAUAUUUUUUUGGGAGAGUGUUGGCUGACUUGGAGAUAGAAUGUAUUUAUUAUUAGGAAGUGACUACAAAAUUGCUCCUAUUAUGUUUUACAGUAUGGUGUUAUAGAAUGUACCCCCAAACCACUGUGUUUAAAUUGUCUGCACCAUUUGACUUACAAGCAGUUAUGCCAAUAACACAUUUUUCACAAUGUUAAGUAAAAUCUUAAGUCCUUUUUAUUGUAGACUUUGUAAAUAUUAUAGCCAUACUGAUAAUACAGUUCUUGCCUUUUGUGAUAUGGUAAUAAGAAAAAAAUCUUUAGAAUGUGCUUCCUAAAAUCACCUAUGAAGUAAAACAUAUUUUUACUCGCAAUUCCCUAUCUAAUCUUUCAAACAAAUUGGAUAUUUUAAAUUGACACCAGUAAAUGUGUGCAUUAGUCAUUGAUGACAUAUACUAAAUAAAAAACAUAGUAAUAACCCAUUUUUAUGUUUGGUGUUAUUAUAUAACUAAAUCUGAUUGGUUAGACUCCAGAGUGAUGCUUAAAUUAUUCACAUAUAAAUUGCGCUUCAUUUCACUUAAUUGUAUCUUGACUUUUCUUUGAUACAACUGUUAAAUAUUUUUUAUAUAUUUUCUACUGUGUACAUUGCCGUUAAUUUUCAUUCUUUCCUCUAAAACUGUUUGCUGGGCAAAAGCCACGUCUGUUCUAUCAUGUGACAUUGAGGGUGGCUAACGUUAUCUUUGCGUUUCAUUUACAUUGUUUUAAAAAGCACUGUAGGGAUAAUAUGUUCAUAAAGGAUCUGUGCUGUCUUGAAAAUGAUAUUGAUGUAUACUUUUUAUGCAGACUUGGUAAAACACUUGCCUAGAAUCCUGUAUGUAUUAUAUUAUUUUUUGUUUGUUUGUUGCUGUUUUUUAUAAAUCCGUUAAAUCUCUCCAUGGUGCUUUUCGUUACCAUGUCAGAAGCAGCUGUACAGUUACAAGGUUGAGCACAAAACAUCUGCUUCCUAACAAGUGAUUUUCUAAGAGUGCUUACAAGUUUGCUUGUUUUACAUUUGAUGAAAAGUGAAAAUAAACACAUUGAUUAAAA